ACGAAACGAAAGAAAAAUAAAACAGAAACAGAAACAAAAAGAAUUAAAAGCCAUCAGCGGAUUGCGACAAAACAAGAGAAAAAGAGCAGAGAACGCUAACGAGAACGCCAAGCGGGAAUUGGGAAUUGGGGAACUGGGAACUGCGAGCCGCGAACCGGGAACGGAACGGAACGGUACGGGUACGGGGACGGAGACGGUACCAUGUCCAGUAGUUCGCCGGUGAUCGUGUGGAACGGUGCUCAGUACACGGCCAGCAGCAAAGAGCUAGAGCAGCUGCGUCGCGACUACGGCCUGGAUGCACGCAUGCUGGAGGCGACUCUCGUGCCGCGCUACAAACGCCACAAGCCGGAGGCCAGUGCCCGCAACGAGCACGUCAAACUACAUCCCAUCUCCAGCUCCGACUGGAUCCUGCGCCAGGAUAAGGAUAAGACCGUCAGCCAAGUAAACUUUCAUCCCUGGCCGGGCACCCACUUCGAUCUGGUGCCGUGGCGACGCACCCGCUCCGCCUUGGACCUCACCUCGGUGGCCGACUACAACCACAGCCUGUUGGUGGAUGCCAAGUCGCUGCGCGGCCUAGAGAAGCUCGAAUUGCGUCAGCAACGGCGCCGCCUGCAGCGUGCCCAAUCCACCCAGCAAGGCCUGAGACGGCUCGUCCGGGUGCGCCUCAUCUUCUCCAUCGAGCUGCGCCACAAGCGGAUGGAGGUGCUACGGAAGAGCUCGCUGCCCGUGCGGGUGUUCGAGCAGCGGUUCGCUCUCAGUGAGAACGAAAGCGCCGCCUACGAGAGGGUGCUGCUGGAUGCCAACGCUGGCGUGGAGCAGCAUGUGGGCUACUUCAGCAGAAGGCAGCCGGCACAGGAUGAGCAGCUAGUUGUCGAUUUUGCCAGCGAAACGGAGGCGGAAGCUGAGGAAAAAGCCGAGCCCCAGGAGGCUCUGUAUGCAACGAUAGCCAGUCCAGGAGCCAAGAGAGCAGCUUCCAGUGCCAGUGCCACUGUUCCUGUUGCUGCCACUGUUACUCCUUCAUCGGGUCAGGUGCCAUGCGUCAAGUGUCGCGACAUUGCCAUCAAAUUAAGAACCAUAAACGACUAUGCUCUAAGCUCGAAUCUUCACUUGAAGCACAGCAACAGCAACAUAAUCAACGCCAACCACAACAGCCACAAGCUGAACAAUCUGCAACACAGCAACAACAACAAAGUCAUCGGCAGCUGCAACAGCAACAGCAGCAACCUGAACAGAAUGAUGCACGCCCAUCAGCUGGAUUCGUAUCUGGGUGGUGGACCCCUCCAGAUGAUGAACAUGAGCAACAUCGGCCAACUGCACCAUCCGGGGAAUGUUUCGGCGAACGAAAGGCCCAACGGAGGGGCGCUGGCCCUGCACUAUGCCGCCGCGCGUGGCUGCCUCGAUUGUGUGCAACUGCUGGUGGCAGCAUCUGUAGAUAUUUGCGCCAAUACGCAAAUGGACAAUGAUGUCACGCCCGUCUAUUUGGCAGCACAGGAGGGCCACUUGGAGGUGCUCAAGUUUCUGGUGCUUGAGGCCGGCGGCUCGCUUUAUGUUCGUGCACGCGACGGCAUGGCACCGAUCCAUGCCGCUUCACAAAUGGGCUGCUUGGAUUGCCUCAAAUGGAUGGUACAGGACCAAGGAGUCGAUCCCAAUCUGCGCGAUGGCGAUGGUGCCACGCCCCUGCAUUUUGCCGCCUCGCGGGGUCAUCUGUCGGUGGUGCGUUGGCUGCUCAAUCACGGAGCCAAGUUGUCGCUGGACAAGUAUGGCAAGUCCCCCAUCAACGAUGCGGCCGAGAACCAGCAGGUUGAGUGCCUGAAUGUGCUGGUCCAGCACGGGACAUCUGUGGACUACAACAGCAAGAACAGCGUGCAGCGACAUAAAACACAGCAGCAGCAGCAACAACAACAGCAACACCACCAUCAACAGCAGCAACAACAGCAGCAGCAGCAACAGCAGCAACAUCUGAGCAGCAGCUGCAACUCAAACUCAAACUCCUCGAAGCAGACGAGCCGCAGCAACACCAUCAAGUCCAAGUCAUCGUCCACACUGAGCUCCGAUGUGGAGCCCUUCUACCUGCAUCCCCCAGCAGUGACUGGAGGCGCAGGCGGAUCGGCCAUGGGCUUGGGCCUGGGCAUGGGCAUGGGCAUUGGGAUGGGAAUCUCGCGCAAGAACAGCGAUGCCUUGUACUCGCAGCAGUCGCGAAGCUCCUCGGAGAAGCUGUACAACGGCAGCUCCUCCAUGGGCGGCAAUGGUGGCGGCGGGGGAAGCAGCUCAACGGGCGGUGGCGGGGCGCUGCUGCCCAACGAUGGGCUCUAUGUGAACCCCAUGAGGAACGGCGGCAUGUACGCCACGCCCUCGCCCAACGGCAGCAUCUCGGGCGAGUCGUUCUUCCUGCACGACCCCCAGGACAUCAUCUACAACCGGGUGAGGGAUCUGUUCGUGGACUCGGACUGCAGCAGCGUGAAGCAGCACAAGAACCAUCACAGUCACAGCCAUCACAGCCACCAUCAUCAGCAGCAGCAGCAGCUGCAGCAUCAGCAGCAUCAGCAGAUAAUGCAGUCAAAGGCUGGCAAUGCAAUGACCAUCCAGGCGGAUGUCCACUCCAGCUCCAGCGGCGCUGGCAGCGGCUCCGACGAGUCCGUCUCCAUCUCGUCCAGCUUCAAUUCGCCCAAGAGCAGCAGCCACCACCAUCAGCAGAUGCGCAGCCAGAGCUUCAACCGGCAUGGCAGCAGCAGCAACAUCAGCAACGGCAACAGCAACGGCAACGGCAACAGCAACAGCAGCGGCGCCAAGAACAGCAACUACAAACAGCACAAGAGCAUGGCCAGCAAUGGCAAUCAGAAUGGAGGCGGGGAUCACGAUUACGAGGACAUCUAUCUGGUGCGUGAGGAGUCGCGCAAGCAGCACCAGCAUCAGCAGCAACACCAGAUACAGCUGCAGCAGCAGCAACAGCAGCAGCAUCAGCUGCAGCAGCAGCAGCAGCAACAACAGCAGCAUCAGCUGCAGCAGCAACACAAAUACAAUGUGGGACGAUCUCGAUCCCGGGACAGCGGCUCCCAUUCCCGCUCGGCCAGCGCCAGCUCCACACGCAGCACGGACAUUGUCCUGCAGUACAGCAAUCAUCAUUUGAACAACAAGCGCAACAACAGCAACUCCAGCAGCAGCAACAACAACAGCAGCAACAGCAACUCUAGCAACAACAACAACAACAACAACAGUCUGCUCAAUCGCAACAAAUCGCAUUCAAUAAUCGGCCUGCACAGCAGCAAAUACGAUUCCUCGCUGAAGGACAACUACAGCUCAAAGAACGUAAACCUCAAGAACCAGCUGCUGAAUGGCGGCAUCAAGAGCGACACCUACGAGAGCGUCUGUCCGCCGGAGGAUGUGGCCGAACGCACCAAGCAGACCCACAAGAACUCGAUGAUUCGCAACAAUCUGGUGGACGCCUCGAUGCCACAGAUGCUCGGCAGCAGCAGCCCCAAUAUUGCCCAGAAUGGCACUGGCAGCAACCAUCAGCACAGCAGCAACAACAAUCUGGGCAGCAGGAACCUGAAGCGGGUAUCUUCGGCUCCACCCAUGCAGAAUGUGGCCUUGGUGAAUGGACCACCACCACCGCCACUGCCACCACCGCUGCGUGCUCCAGCGCAGCAGCAGCGCAACAACUUGAGUGCCGAACAAGCGAGCAACAACAGCAGCAGCAGCAGCAGCAACAGCAGCAGCAACAUCUACAAGAAGAAUGUGUUUGGAGCAAACCCAGUGUCCAGCACUGGCAGUGGUACAGUGCCAGCUGCUGCUCCCAUUGUCGGUGCUGCUGCCAACGAUGCCGUUGACUCCGACUCUGGCCUGGAGGUGAUCGAGGAGCCGAGUCUGCGGCCAUCCGAGCUGGUGCGAGGCAAUCACAAUCGGACCAUGUCCACCAUAUCAGCGAACAAGAAAGCCAAGCUGCUCAAUGGUAACACCAAUCCGGCCAACAACGCAGCAGUCGCAGCCGCAGCAGCAGCAGCCGCCCAGCAGCCGAAUGGAGAGGCCAACGGCGGAGGUGGAGGUGGAGGUGGAGGAGUUGUCUCCCAGUCGCGUAACCCGAACGGCAGCAUCUACGGCUACGCCGAUGCACCCAAGUCGCAGAGGGGCGGCAACUACCAGCAGACGACAUCGCCCCACUAUCCGCAGCAGUCGCAGCAGCCGAACCACCAUCAUCCCUAUGCGCCCAGCAUCUAUGGCGGCUGCUCCUCGGCCGAGGAUCACUACGAGCUCACCCAGCAGCAUGCCCAGUACGCGGGCAUUUACGGCGAGGCUGGGAGCGGAGCGCCCGGAUCGGUUGGCGGCGGGCGCACCGGCGGACCCAAUUUGGUCAACAAGCAGCUGGUGCUGCCGUUUGUGCCCCCCAGUUUUCCCAAUAAAUCACAAGACGGCGUCACGCACCUCAUCAAGCCGUCCGAGUAUCUGAAGAGCAUCAGCGAUAAGCGUUCGUGUCCAUCCUCGGCCCGCUCCACGGAUACGGAGGACUACAUGCAGAUACAGAUUGCCAACCAGCAACAGCAACAGCAGCAGCAGCAGCAGCAACAGCUGCAUCCCCAGCAGCAGCACCCACAGCAGCUGCAACAACACCAUCACCAGCAUCCACAUCAUCCGCAUCAUGGGAUGGGUAUGGGGGAACAGCCGCCGCUGCCGCCGCCGCCUCCGCCCUUGCCACACAACAUGCCGCCGCUGCCACCCAUGAUGAUGCCACUGAUGAAUGGCGGCAAUGACUCCACCAUGGCCAGCAAGUCGCACAAGCCCAAGAAGCCACACGGAGCCACACCCAAUAGUCAGGACACUGCCACACGGAAGCAGCACCAGCCGCUCUCGGCCAUCUCCAUCCAGGAUCUGAACAGCGUACAGCUGCGACGCACGGACACGCAGAAGGUGCCCAAGCCCUACCAGAUGCCAGCACGCAGUCUGAGCAUGCAGUGCCUCACCUCCAGCACGGACACGUAUCUGAAAUCGGAUCUGAUUGCCGAGCUAAAGAUCUCCAAGGACAUACCGGGCAUCAAGAAGAUGAAGGUCGAGCAGCAGAUGGCCAGCCGCAUGGACUCCGAGCACUACGUGGAGAUAACCAAGCAGUUCACUGCCAACAACUAUGUGGAUCAGAUCUACUUGCAGAUACCCGAAAAAGAUCAGGCCGGCAAUGCCAUACCCGACUGGAAGCGUCAGAUGAUGGCCAAGAAGGCGGCCGAGCGGGCCAAGAAGGACUUUGAGGAGCGCAUGGCCCAGGAGGCCGAGUCGCGGCGCCUCUCUCAGAUACCCCAGUGGAAGCGCGACCUAUUGGCGCGCCGCGAGGAGACCGAGAACAAGCUGAAAGCGGCCAUCUACACGCCCAAGGUGGAGGAGAACAACCGCAUUGCGGACACCUGGCGGCUGAAGAACCGCGCCAUGUCCAUAGACAACAUCAACAUCAAUCUAGCCGGCAUGGAGCAACACUAUCAGCAGAUCCAGUUCCAGCAGCUCCCACAACAGCAGCAGCAACAGCAGCAGCAACAGCAGCAGCAUCCGCAGCAGCAGGGUGCCAAUGGUGGCAACAAGGAGAACCACAGCCACAGCCCAGACUCCAAUCCAGAGCCGGAGCAGGCUGCCGUCGCCGCCCUGGAGCAAGCCGUGGACCAGCUGCCCCUAGACCGGGAGGCCCACGAGCAGCAGCUGCAACAGCAGCAGCAGGAGGAGGAGGACAACAUCAUACCCUGGCGUGCCCAGCUGCGAAAGACCAACAGUCGCCUCAGCCUCAUCUGAUCUGAUCUGAACUGAUUUGAUUUGAUUCUCCCUCUGAGUCUUUUAAGUGGUGCAUUUUGUUUGUUUUUUUUUUUUCCUAACUUAAAAAAUGUGCAAUCAUGAAAAGAGAAUGAAAUGAUAAUUAUACUACAUAUACAUCAUAAUUAUAAUAUUAUACUAGCUUAAGAUUAGGCGUUGUUUCCAAACUCCAAAAUCCAAGGCAAGCUUAAACCCAAAAAAGUAACAAAAAAGAAAACAUAAACGAAGCAAAAGAAAAGAAAGAUCGAAAAGAAACCUAACUUGUACGAUAAUCAUAUAUAAUAAUAUUAUUAUUAUUUACAUUUUACUCUUAAAUUACGAUUAUGAUGUUUUUUCAGCAACCUAUUGUUAUUCCUAUCUGACGUGUGCAGUGCCGAAAGCGAACCGACUUACUCGGAUAUGUAAUUUAUAUUUAAUAACAUUUUUAUCUGCAUUGCAUUGCAU